AAGCACGUGUGGACCUUCCGCUUGCCGUACUUGGCUCCGCCAUUGUUUUGACAGUUUUGUUUGCUAACCGAAAUGUGGACUUAUUUAGUCGCUGUUGGAGUGAAGUUGAAACUACACAUUAAAAAUGCGGUUUUAGGAAACCCGUCAGAAACUCGGGGGGCAUGAGAGAAGACGCACACUUCCAACAGAUUCCUUAUAGGAGCAGAAGAGCUGAGGUCACGUUGUGCAACGCUCUAUCUAUAGGAUGUACAAGGACUACAGAUCAGGUCGAGUCACAGGACUCAACACUCUGCCAUUUGAUCCAGCAGCCAACAACGACCCUCUCCAGUUCAACGGUUCUAGUGGCCCCCUUGGGCCUGAGUGCUCUCCUUUGGAAAACACGGCUGAAAACGGCAAAAAGAGAAAGAGAGUCAGCCUUCCUCCAGAAGGGAUCUGUAACAUGACAAUGGACUCCAACUCAAUGACGAUGCCCAUGUCAGACCCCAACCCUUGGGCAGCUAUGAACAACAUGGGGAUGCCUCCUAUAGGAAUGACCGGACAGCCGCUUAUACCAGAUUUUGAUCCUAACCUUGGUAUGAUGGCUGGGAUAACCCCCAUAAAUCCAAUGAUGCCUGGCCUCGGCAUGGUGCCUGCACCCGUCUCCCAGGACGUACCAGUCGUGAAGGAGAUCAUCCACUGCAAGAGCUGCACCCUUUUCCCCCCCAACCCCAACCUUCCUCCUCCAGCCACAAGGGAACGCCCCCCAGGUUGCAAGACCGUGUUUGUCGGUGGUUUGCCGGAAAACGCCACGGAACAGCUCAUCAUGGAGGUUUUUGGGCAGUGCGGCGAUAUCACAGCCAUUCGCAAAAGCAAGAAGAACUUCUGCCACAUCAGAUUCGCAGAGGAGUCCACAGUAGACAAGGCUCUCUUCCUGUCUGGUUAUCGAAUCCGUUUGGGCUCCAGCACAGACAAAAAGGACACCGGUCGCCUCCACGUUGACUUUGCACAGGCCAGAGAUGACCUGUAUGAGUGGGAGUGCCGCCAGCGCAUGCUGGCCCGAGAGGAGCGCCACAGGCGCAAGAUGGAGGAGGAUCGCCUGCGGCCGCCCUCCCCUCCUCCGAUUGUCCACUAUUCAGAGCAUGAGUGCAGCCAGCUGGGGGACAAAAUCAAAGACGAUGGAAAGUUUCCAGAGGCCGUGCGAGUGCUCCUGACCUGGCUGGAAAGGGGGGAAGUCAAUCGCAGAAAUGCCAACAACUUCUACUCCAUGAUCCAGUCCUCCAACAGCCACAUCCGCCGGCUGAUGGGUGAGAAGAGUCAGCACGAGAAGGAGAUGGAGGAGGCCAAAGACAAGUUCAAGACGGCUCUGGCUGGCAUAGUGGCUCAAUUUGAGCAGAUUGUGUCUGUAUUCCAAGCUGCUUCCAAACAAAAGGCAUGGGACCAUUUCUCCAAAGCUCAGCGCAAGAACUUGGACAUGUGGCGCAAACAAGUCGAGGAGAUCAGAAACAUGCACAACGAGCAGCUGAUGGACAUCAGACGUGAAGAGGAGAUGGAGAUGUCUGAUGAUGAUAUGGAGGACGUCCCUGACAGCAAAGACUCUGAAGACUCAGGUGUUUCCCAAGCAGAAGCCUUAAAGGAGGAGAACGACUCCCUGCGCUGCCAGCUGGACGCCUACAGGAACGAGGUGGAGCUGCUCAAACAGGAGCAAGGAAAGAACCAGCCGGUGCGGAGUGAGGAGGACAGCACUCAUUCCCAGCAGCUCAGCUUCCUGCAGCAGGCUCUGCAAGGCAUGCAAAAGCAACUUUUAAAAAUGAGGGAUGAACUGAAGCAGCGGGAGGCUGAGCUGGAAAAGAGUAUGGAGGACAAACAGCACCUAAAGUCACAAGUCCAGAAUCUGAAGGAGACUCUCCAGAAGCUGCAGAGCACACAGACGAUACAGCUGGAGAUGUCGAAGCCUUGUGAUGGAUGCAGUGAGGACAGCGACAAUCAGACCGCUGAUGCCACACUUUCCUGCAGCCAGGAGAAGAGAGGCCCCACAGAGAAGAACUCAACAAGCCCCAUUCACUCAGAGAGGGAAGCCUUGCUUGUUGGGAUCAUCUCAACCUUCCUGCACGUCCACCCGUUUGGAGCCAGCAUCGAGUACAUCUGUUCCUACCUCCAGCGUUUGGACACCAAGAUUAACCCCAGUGAGGUGGAGGCUCUCCUUUCCCGGCUGCCCUGCACCUUCAGGCAGGAGCUAACUGGUGUCGGAGCGAGUCUGGAGAAACGCUGGAACUUCUGUGGCUUUGAAGGCAUCAAAAGCACCUAGAAUUCUGCAAGGGGCUUGG